ACCAUUUACAAAUGUCUGAAAUCAUCGAGAGAGAAGAAGAAGGAUGUGUCAGAGAUUUAGAAGAAGGAGUAAAAAACAAAUGGCGAUGGUCCUGGCUCGAGAUCAAAGAUGAGAAUGGGGAUUACCUAUCAGAAUACAUCAGAAAGAUAAGGCAGUCGGGCAAGGCGAUUUGCAUGUGGUGUAAUGGAAAGCAGAUCAAUUACGGUGCAUCAGGAUUCAAAGCACUGAGAGGUCAUGCAACAUCAAAAGGCCACAGACAAUGGCGUGGAGCAAGAAAGGGAGCUCAACUGUUGCCCUCUGUUUUUCAGGCUGCAGCUCAGAAAGAAUGUGCUGUCCCCACACCAGAAACUGCAGCCGCAGCACCCAGUACCUCAUGCUCAUCACUUGGUUCAGGGAUACCGUAUGGGGCACCUCCCAAUGUUCAUCCUGCCACUGAAACUUGUAAGCAAACAAGUUGCUACUCCUGAAACGGCCCACUUCUACAUCAUCAUGUACUUCACCGCCUGGUUUAUGGAUGCUGUAUGUGGAGCGCCUUCACUUGCUACGACUGCCACUGGAUGUGCGUGAUGUCUUUUUUUUCUCUUGAGUUAGAGUACAUUUUCAUCUUUUAAACCAUCAUGUUAUGAAAUUACUGUAAUCUGUAUGACAGAGGCCAAAGUUAAAAUUUCUCCAUUGUUUUUUUUUUUUUAAUCAUAAUUCCAAAUUCAUCCCACCCUGUUACAUUGAUCUUUAUAAACAAUUUAGUUUGAUAUUCAAUGAGGAAUUUUGCUUUUUUAGAUUUUUCAUUUAUACUAACAAAUUGACAAUAAUCACUAACAGAUUGUCAUUAGCAUUCAGAUUCAAUCGUGAAUUACCAUCAUGUGAUGAUAGCAUUUUGAAUUGACCUUAGCUCGGAUUUAAAUAAAAAUUAUAGUAUGGUAGUGCACAUACAUGUGCAUUAAUAUUAUGAAGAUUUAUAUUAUUUUAAUUUUGAAGUUAUCAUGUAUUAUAUUCUUGUGUUUUUGCUGAUUGAAUUUCUUAUUUAUUCCUUUACAGCAAGACUCCCAAACCCUUUGUGCACCUGAAAGAUAGGAUAUCACAUGCUGAAGGACGGACUUUAGCCUUCAUG